UUGUAUUGGUUCAUCAAAAAGAUCCGACUCAAAUGAACGACUCCCAAGUGAAUCGGACAUCUUUAUUCAAAAUGGCUGCGCCCAUACCCAGCAGCACACAUGAGUGUGAAGACAGUAUGGCAUCAGUGAAGGCUGUGUCCUCUGCUGCUCCUCUCGCUCUUCGUAUCGUGGCGGAGUGCCCCGUGAGUAAGGCGAGAGCCUGCACUCUUACUCUCCCGCACUGCGCUGUCUACGCCCCGGUGUUUAUGCCCGUGGGCACUCAGGGUACCCUGAAAGGCAUCACUGUGGACCAGCUGGAGGAUCUGGACUGUCAGAUAUGCCUGGGAAACACGUAUCAUCUGGGCAUGAGGCCGGGUCCCGAGUUAAUAGAGAAAGCCAAUGGAUUGCAUGGAUUUAUGAUGUGGAAUAGAAAUCUCUUAACGGACAGUGGCGGGUUUCAGAUGGUGUCUCUAGUGGAGCUGUCGGAGGUGACGGAGGAGGGCGUCAAGUUCUGUUCCCCUUAUGAUGGGAAGGAAAUCCUGCUCACUCCUGAGCAGUCCAUCGCCAUACAGAACAGCCUGGGUUCAGACAUCAUGAUGCAGCUGGAUGACGUGGUCAGCAGUACGGUGAAAGGGCCGCGGGUGGAGGAGGCCAUGCACCGCUCUGUGCGCUGGCUGGACCGCUGCAUCGCAGCAAAUAAGAAUCCAGAUCGACAGAACCUGUUCGCCAUUAUUCAAGGGGGGCUUGAUGCCAAACUGCGCAAGGCCUGUUUAGACGAAAUGACCAAGCGUGAUGUGCCAGGCUUCGCCAUUGGAGGCUUGAGUGGGGGAGAAGAAAAGGAUGACUUCUGGAAGAUGGUGACUCUGAGCACAGACCACCUCCCCAGAGAAAAGCCCCGCUACCUCAUGGGAGUCGGCUAUGCACUAGACCUGGUGGUCUGCGUUGCCUUGGGCUGUGAUAUGUUCGACUGUGUUUUCCCGACUCGAACAGCAGUAAGUGAUGGAUUUCUGUUGACAUCCCUUUCUAUUACAGUGUACAUAAACUGUCUAUUGUAAUA